CAGCGCAUCACACAGGAGGAGGAGAGAGGAGAGAGGGAGCAGAAGGAGAGAUAUUUAUAGCCUGAAGCUGCAGCACAGAUAAGGCUUGGGACCGAGCCGCAGACACACACACACUCACUCACACACUCUCAGGGCGUCGGAGAGAGAAGAGUCAAAAUGAAACUGUUCCUGUCGAUGGUUUUCCUCGGGGUCGCGGCGGUCUCCCUGGCCCACGCGGCCGGUACCGACGGGGAGAUCUCCUUCGAGUACCACCGCUACGAGGAGCUGCGGAAGGCGCUGGUGUCCGUGUGGCUGCAGUGUCCCACCAUCACCCGCAUCUACACCAUCGGGGAGAGCUUCGAGGGCCGAGAGAUGCUGGUGCUGGAGAUGACCGACAACCCCGGGACGCACGAACCUGGCGAGCCCGAGUUCAAGUACAUCGCCAACAUGCACGGCAACGAGGCGGUGGGCCGAGAGCUGCUCAUCUACCUGGCCCAGUACCUGUGCAACCAGUACCAGCAGGGCAACGAGACCAUCAUCGACCUGGUCCACAACACCCGGAUCCACCUCAUGCCCUCCAUGAACCCCGACGGCUUCGAGAAGGCCGCGUCACAGGUGAUGUCACAGCACGACACGCCCGGAGAGAUCAAGGACUGGUUCGUGGGCCGCAGCAACGCCCAGGGCGUGGAUCUGAACCGGAACUUCCCCGAUCUGGACCGCAUCAUUUACGUCAACGAGAGGGAGGGCGGAGCCAACAACCACCUGCUGCAGAACAUGAAGAAGGCCGUGGACGAAAACACCAAGCUGGCUCCAGAGUCCAAGGCAGUGAUCCACUGGAUCAUGGAUAUUCCUUUUGUCCUGUCGGCUAACCUGCACGGAGGAGACGUGGUGGCCAACUACCCAUACGAUGAGACCCGCACUGGAUCCACUCACGAGUACAGCGCCAGUCCAGAUGAUGUGAUGUUCAAGUCUCUAGCCAGAGCCUACUCCAUUUACAACCCGGUGAUGUCCGACCAGCACCGAGCCCCGUGCCGCAAGACCGACGACGACACCAGCUUCAAAGAGGGCAUCACUAAUGGAGGGGCCUGGUACAGUGUGCCAGGAGGAAUGCAGGAUUUCAACUACCUCAGCAGCAACUGCUUCGAGAUCACUCUGGAGCUCAGCUGUGACAAGUUCCCCAGCGAGGACUCACUGAAGCUCUACUGGGAGCAGAACCGCAACUCGCUGGUAAACUACAUCGAGCAGGUUCAUCGUGGUGUCAAGGGCUUCGUGCGUGACCACCAGGGUAACCCCAUCUCCAACGCCACCAUCUCUGUGGAGGGUAUCGACCACGACCUCACAACAGCCAAAGAUGGAGAUUAUUGGCGUCUGCUGGCUCCAGGAAACUUCAAAGUGGCCGCCUCUGCUCCAGGAUACCUGACUGUGAUCAAGAAGGUGGCUGUUGCCUACAGCCCCGCAACCAGGGUGGACUUUGAGCUGGAGUCUCUGAUGGAGAGGAAGGAGGAGGAGCGGGAGGAGCUGAUGGACUGGUGGAAGAUGAUGUCAGAGACACUGAACUUCUGAAGCUCUCGUCUGCUUUGCGAUUGGACCGUUCACACGCCGAUGUAAUAUAUUCAACGUCCUAUGUGCUCGUCCACUUCGAGAAGAAGAAAAAAAAAGAAUAUAUUGUCUCUUAUUUGUUUUGUUCUCUCUUUCAAUCAUCAUUUUAAUUGAUUAUGUUGUUUAUUAAUGUGUUAACAGAUUGCCUCACACUCCUGUAGAUUGUUCAGAUAUCCUGCACAGACACACAGGAGGAGAAUUUGCAGGCAGUGUGACAGCAAUGGGAUUGGUGUGGAUUUCUGUGGUGUUUCGUUCAUUAUCGUACACGUGAUUGAAAACCAUAGCACCCAUCUAUAUAACCAACGAGUGGCUGAGUAAUAAUGUGUGUUAAACAGCCGUUCACAUCUUUACCACGUGGCUCUGUUCAUGAGAAAUAAUCACAUUUCCUGUUUUCAAUGUCUCUGUUUCUCCAGGCUUUAGUGAAAAAAAAACACACAAACACAAUGCAUGCUUCUACUUCCACAACAACACACACCAAUGACAAAUACUCUUUCUGUGUAACAUAUCAAAAAAGUACAACUAUGGUUUUGAGAUAAUCAGGGACAUUAAAAACACUGUAAACAUUAUACUAUAAACUACACAGGCAAGCUCAUCCCCCUGUAUGUUAUUGAUGUUGAGAUUUUUUUUAACUGACUACAGCACAGCAUUGAUUUUAGCACAAGGUGAAUGGUUAUAAUAUACAUCUAUAUACUGUACUAUGAAGUAGGCAAGUAGCAGGAACAGUCUGGUUUUUGUACCAAAUCAAUCAAUCAAAGAAAAACGAGGCCAUGAAACGAAUGAAUCGAUCCGCCUCAGUUUCCCUUUGUCUGUCCACCACACAGGGAAUAAUAAGGACGUGUGGCAGAAGGUGUUUUUCAAGGAUAAAUUGACACUAUAAUCUUCUGGGUGGACACAGUGCGGACACAGUUCACCCGGUCUGAGACCAUGGGAAGAAUUUAUUGAAUGUAAAGCUACAGUAACUGAUAAAGAACUGUAAAGAAUGAACAGAUCAAUAAAACGCCCCCCCUCUUUGUGUUGUCA